AUGAGUGAUCGAGAGGCUGAUGUUCUACGUUGCUGGAGAUGCAGAAAAUACAUAGCAAGUUCUGUUUGCCUUGCAAAAUGUCAUGGAAAAGAACCAUCCGAAACAUCACAACCUUCCGCUGCUCAGGAGUCUUGCAACAUAUGGCAUGUGAACUUAGAAGCCAUUCCAGAGUGGGUGAAAUGUGUCAUUGAAAAGGCACAGUGGACAAUUGGAAAACUGCACUGUCCAUUCUGUGAGGCCUGCUUAGGGGGCUUUAACUUUGUUUGCAACACAAAAUGUUCCCGUGGACAGUUAGUAAAUAUACAUUUCUGCAAAAGUCGGACUGACUAUCAGCCAGCUUUCUCUGUUAAGUCAGCAAAAUCAUCAGGAAGACACUUACCUCUCCUCAAAAUUCAGUCUGGUUUUAGCAAGGAUACCUGCCAUGAAGUGGUAACUGCAACUUUGGAAAUAAAAAAUCAAGGGCUUUCAUACAGGGCCAGAAAUAGUAAUGGUACUGGAAGAUUAACAGAAGCACUUUGUCUGGAAGUAAGAGCUCCCAAAUUUGAGAUGAAAAGUAAAAAACUUCCCUUAAAGACAUUAAAUCAAAAAAGGACUCUUUCUGCUUCCUAUCCUAUGAAUGAUACAUGCACUGUAAAACCUUUUCACAGAAGAUCGCAUAGUUUGGAUUUAAAUGUCAGAGAGAUACUUGUUUUGUCACCUGCAUUACAUGAAACUUGCAGUAUGGGAACAAUUUACCAUGGCCAAAAUGAAAAUCCAUCUGUUUACACACAAAGUGGCUUGCAAUUAGAGUCCAAUAGGAAAGAUGGUAGUUCUUUUCAGGACCUAUAUAAUUCCAGUGCUAACAAACUACAAAAAAGGUUUCGAAUUACUUCCCUUACCACAUUACUACAUAAAGAAACAGAAAGUGAGUGUGAUUUUGAAGCUACUGGACAAUCUUCUGGGAAUGCCAUUGCUGAUGGGUUACCUUUUGUGAUGAACCUUUCCUCACCUACAAGUGCUGUAGAAGAGGAACGAUACAUCACGCCUGUUGGUCUUGUGCAGUCUACAAGUAUUUCCUUCAAUCAAAAACUGAGUAAGAGAGAAAGAAACAAGCUGAAAAGCUUGAGGAGAAAACAAAGAAGGCGAGAACAGUGGCUACAGAAGCAA